CUCUUCAUCCUCGACACUUAAGAAAAAAAUACCUUAUUCUCACCCUUCAUCCUCGACAUCUCCGACCAAACCACUCUCAAACCCUAGACUGCGAUAUCUUAAACUUCACCCUCCGCAUCUCCGACCAUCACAUGGCUUCCUCCGGCCAAGAGAAUGACCGUCGUCGCCAACGCCCAUCCAACUCGGGUCCGGCAGAUUUCAGAUCCACCAUCUCUUUGUCACUCUCGCUCUCAUCCCCAGAUUCUUCUUCUUCUUCAAUUCGAUAAAAUUUUCAUUCUCAAGCUUCUUCGCUCGUCUCAGAUAACCCUAAUCCAUAUAUUUUGAUGUCGGUGGCUGAAACCCUAACCCAUCUUCGUCGCUCCGUUCUUCGUCGCUCUGUCUCACUUCCUCCGCUUCUCUUGUUUGUCCCUUUUCGAUAAACCCCAAAUCACGACCGAAUCUUGAUAAUUGGAGAUAGCGAAGCGUUUAUGGUGUUUUGGGAGAACAAUUCAUAGUUGUGAAGUUAGUUGAUUUUGAGGUGAAGAAAUCUAAGUAUGUCGAGCAGAACUCAGGAUGUUCUAGAAGGAUUGGUUAAAGAUAGUUCACUUAAAUGGUUGCUUGGGUCGAAGACAUAGAGAAUUAUCCAUCUGCUGGAUCCAAUUGGAUACUUGAGUUUUCUCCAGUAGCAAAUGUAGUUAUUCGCAGGUGUUCAAAGUAAGAAUGUUUCAUUUUUAGUUACCAUUAAUCCAUAGAAUUGAAUCGGAUUCUAAGGCAUUAUUUGGAGUUUAGCCCUGUUUAAAAAGGUUCAAGUUUUGAGCAAGAUAAGCUAGCUUUUGGUAUGCUAAUGAAAUCAUUUAUGUUAUGGAAUGGAUUUGGAUGCAGAAACUAGCACGUAUUCUGCUUUUGUUCAGACAUGUGUUCUGCCUUUGUUAAUAUGUUGAUUAUUGUGGAAACUCAAAAUCUUCAGAAGUUUCUAAUUCAUGUAAUCCAUCUAGUCUAUGUUCUUCAUGUUAGCUAUUCAACUGUAGUGAUGGAAUACAUGAAUCUUCUAAUGUUUGACUUUAGUUUAAGCUUUGUUUUAAUCUUGAAUCUUGUUAGUAUAGUGGCUGCUCAUCUAAUUUGCUUAAGUUUGUGUUUGUAUAUUGAUUCUAAGAAACUACUGUGUUUGUUGUAUCUCUGUUAUUAUUUGUUUAAGUAUGUGCUUGUUCUGUACUUCUAAUUUACCUUUCAAUAACUAGUGUUUCCUUUCCCUAAGUUAACCUAUGAUAGCAUAUCAGCAUAUAAUCUCAAGGAUAGCAUUCUCCUUGAGAUGGUAAAUGGUCUUCUAAUUUUCCAAUGUUAUUAGUUUUUGCUUCUACAUUUCGACUAAUAUUCCUCUUUAUUUUUGUACAUGGUUAAGGCUGGUUUGGAUGGCAUGGGCACGAUAAUGAAUGAGCUGUCUAAAAGCGUAGUUAAAUGCUCUUAGUGCAGUUUCUGGUGGGCAAUUCUUCAGCAGCCGGCAACUAGACAUGCCGUGCAAGAACACCUCAUAACAGCUGCUGCCACAACCGGGACCUUGGUCAGGAAGGGUAUAACUGAGACAAAGGAAAAGGUUUCCGUUGGAAAGAUCAAAAUGGAAGAGGCAGCCAAAACAAAAAAGCAAGACCAUUUUGACGGACAUCGAAAGGGAGUUGCCAGCUCAGAUGUGUUUGGUGUUCCGAUUGAGAUCAUUGUCCAGCGGCAAGAGUCAAGCAGGCCUAUACCACUGAUACUGAUUAAAUGCGUAGAUUAUCUCAUAUUAACAGGGCUUAAUUCACCGAACUUGUUCAAAGCCGAAGGAGAUAAAAAGUUGAUUCAACAGUUGGUUUCUGCUUACAAUCAAGAUCCUAGUGUGUCAAUACCUGAGGGUGUGAAUCUAGUUGAUGUCGCUGCACUCAUGAAAUACUAUCUUGCCACCCUUCCGACACCCUUCCAGGCACCAUAGGAGCUGCAGUCCAACCAGCAGGACACACCACUGGAACCACACCAACCUCUCCUCUAUCUAACACCGCCUCAAAUCAUUCAACUUGAUUUUAGUUUCCUUUUGUCUGUGUAUGUGAACUUAUUAGGAUAUGUUAUGCUUUGAUUAGGAUAGUUUUUGAAUGGUUUGGAAUGGUACUUGAUUGAUAUUUGAAUGGUUUUUGAAUGCAUUUUCUUUUGAAAUGGACAGGUUUCGGACUAA